AUGGAAUAUCACAUAUAUGACCCUUUGACUCCAGAAGGAUGCCUUACUGAAGAGGCCUCCUCUUUUGGCUUCACAAGUACUGACUUUGGCUGCCUAUCGUUGUUGUUUGCUUCUGUUGUUCGGCUCCCCACUUUCUUAUCUCAACCUAGAUGCAUUGCCAAUGCCUUUUUCUGGUCCUGGUCAUUGGAGGUGGUAGGUGCUAGUGUCAAGCCACAAUCCACCUUCCUUCUAGGCGCUCCAUGUGUUUGCCCAUCUUGGGAUGGUCGUGGUACCCCUAAACUCUUGCAUCUUGUUCAGGUGUUAAGUUGGUCAUAA